AAAAGAGGGGAGAAUUCAUAUAUGUGGUUUAUUUUUACUUUUACUAAUGAGCCAUGUUCAAGAGACUAUAGAUCCUCAGGAUCUUUUCUCACAGUUUGAUCCAACGCUCUUUUUCGAGAAUCCUGUACCAUGUAAUGAAUGGUAUAUUCUUGCAGAACAGAUCGUUCCUACAUCAGUUGCAUCUUUUUGGGAGACAAUAAAGCGCUGGACAGAUGAACCUGAGUUAGUUAUUCCGCCUAUUGAGAAAGCUAAAAUUAUAACUAUAAGCGAAAAGGAUGGUAUACAAGUUAUUCAAAGGGAACUUGUUCCCAAGCGUAAAUCAAAGGAUACCAAUUUGAUUGAAGAAUUGACAUACUAUAAGAAUGAAAGAGAAGCAAGAGUCGUCUAUAGACCUAUGGUAGAUUGUGAAAAGCUGCCUUUUUAUUAUCCAAAAGUUAAAUCAUAUAGCUUAACAUAUCAACACUUGGAAGAGCAGGAUAGAGGACUUUUGAAACUCCAAGUCAUUCCUUGUGAUAAAACUCAGUUGUUGAUGUCUUCUAAGCAACAGUAUGCGAUGAAGACUAUAUUGCAUAAAUUAUUCAAAUGGUGUAUUCAAAGCCGAUUAGGAUACAAAAAGAGAGCAAAUCAUGAUGCUUUGGUACCAAAGGAGGUCUAUCAAUCCAUGUAUCAUCAUCUCAAGUCAAAAUAUGGACCUUAUUUAGUAACAAAUUGGAUAGAAAAGACAGAUCCCAAAAAGUUUGUUUAUGAGGAUAUAGCCAUUGCUAGUUACUUGUUAUGCUUAUGGAAGGGUGAAGAAGAUAGAUUAAAAAGAAAGCCAAACUUUGUUGACCUUGGUUGUGGUAAUGGCCUGUUGACAUUCUUGUUGAAUAGCGAAGGUUAUGAAGGGUAUGGUAUUGAUAUUGCAGCGCGUAAGAUAUGGUCAGUGUUAGGCAAAACUAAAAAAGAUAUGCUAAGGGUUCAGGUGUUAUACCCGUCGCAAGCAAGAUACUCUGAGGCAGAUUGGCUAAUUGGUAACCAUGCUGAUGAAUUAGUACCAUGGAUACCAAUCAUUGCUUCAAAAUCAGGAGAACAUUGCAAUUUUAUGGUUAUCCCUUGCUGCUUUUAUGGCCUUGACGGGACAAAGGCAUUAUCGCUUGCUGUUUCCGAAGGCGAAGGAAAGUAUAGGGCGUAUACAAACUAUGUCAAGGAUAUUGCUACAAAGUCAGGAUUUAUAUGCGAAGAAGAUUUCCUUAGAAUACCGAGCACAAAGAACAUAGCACUCAUCGGCAGACGCAGAUCAAAUAGCAUUGAUGUGCCUUUCCUGACAGAAGCUGAGUCUAAAGUGUUUGUGCCUAGAAAAACAGAUAGACAGAAAGACGAGGAAAGAAGGGAGGCAAAGAGAACAAAAUUUUUAGAAUAAAGAGAGAGAAAAAGCAUCCUUUUUUUUUUUAUUGAUUGAUCAACCAAACUAUUAUUAAAUUGAUAGUUUGAUACCACUUGCUUUCUUCUUUUUCUCUCUUUCUUUUUUCUUUU